AUGGCAAAACUGACAGCAGUGACGAGCGGCAGUUUACAACCUUGCUUCCGCACAGCUCGCCCUAUUAACCCCAUACAGCGCGAUAGCGGAUGGCCGGAAGCGCGCGCGGGCGCCACCAUCACUACAGUAGGUUCAAAUGUGACGCGCGUUUUGUACACAUACUUUCAAAAUAUCACCGAACCGCAAGGCUAUGCGGCCGCCGCCACCACAACGACAACAACAGCAGCAGCUGCCAGUGAGCGUCAGCGCACAGCACAAACAGCAGUUGCACAGUCUCAUCAGCAAUGCCGCUGAGCACAAAUUGGCAGCAAUGAUUUGCCGACGACGUCUCAAAGUGUGAGCGCUACGCUGCUCGCCACCGCCAAAACAUUGCUGCAAGCGCCACUCAGCGCGUCCGCGAAUGCAACGCGCGCAGCAACGGUGUGCAAUGCAACCGCGUCCAUAUCAGCCUCCGCCGCGACCUAUGCCACCGAACUGCUGAACUCGACACUGUCGCGAACGCUGUCGACGAGCGGAGUGGCGCGAGCGCGGCGCCUAGCAGCAUCUUUUGACCACUCGCCCAAUGUCACCUACCUGCCACAUCAGGUCGCCAUACGCAGCUUCGAGGACUGCGCGGCGCUCUUCGAAUACACGCAGCCGCAGAAUGGUGUUUUUUGCAACUGGACUUGGGAUCUGUUUCUUUGCUGGCCACCGACGCCGGCUGGCGUUUUGGCGCGCAUGCAUUGUCCGCCCGUCGGCCACGGCAUUGACACAACAAAGUUCGCGAACCGCAAAUGCGAGCUGGACGGUAGCUGGGGCCGCCGUCCGAAUGAUACGCAAAACAACACGAGCGGCUGGACGGACUAUCAGCCCUGCUUCAAGCCGGAAGUGAACGACAUGUUGCAGCGUGUGGAUGAUAUUGAUAUCUUCUUGGACAUCGCACGACGCACGCGCACGCUGGAGAUUGUCGGACUCAUAUUGUCGCUGAUCGCGCUGAUACUCUCGCUCAUUAUAUUCUGUAAAUUCUCUUCGCUACGAAAUAAUCGCACGAAAAUUCACAAGAACCUCUUCAUCGCAAUGGUCUGUCAAGUGAUCAUACGACUGACACUGUAUCUCGAUCAGGCGUUUCGGCGUGGCAGUCAACCAGCCACGUCGAAUACGAGCACAGCGGGAAUUGAAAACACGCCCUACCUCUGCGAGGCUUCCUACGUGCUCCUAGAGUACGCUCGCACCGCCAUGUUCAUGUGGAUGUUCAUCGAGGGUCUAUACCUGCACAAUAUGGUGACGGUCGCCGUGUUUCAAGGUCGAUUUCCGCAUAAGAUUUUCUCGCUACUCGGCUGGGGUCUGCCCGUACUGAUGACCACCGUCUGGGCCAUAUGUACCGCGAUGUAUACGGACAGCGCGCAUGACUGCUUAUGGAACUACAAUUUGACGCCGUACUAUUGGAUAUUGGAAGGACCACGUUUUAUUGUCAUAUCGCUCAACUUCUUCUUCCUAAUGAACAUCAUACGCGUGCUGGUGAUGAAAUUGCGCCAGAGUCAAGCCAGCGAUAUCGAACAGACGCGCAAAGCGGUACGCGCCGCCAUUGUACUGCUGCCGCUAUUGGGCAUCACAAAUCUACUGUACCAAGUACCUGCAUUGAACCUGAAGCCACCAUGGAAAUUCGCCAUGUGGUCCUACGUGACGCAUUUCCUAACCUCAUUUCAGGGAUUUUUCAUUGCCUUGAUAUAUUGCUUCCUAAAUGGUGAGGUGCGCACCGUUCUACUAAAAAGCCUCGCCGUCUACAUGUCCGUACGGGGCCACCCCGAAUGGGUGCCCAAACGUGCCUCUAUGUUCUCUGGCGCUUACAACACUGCACCCGACACCGAGGGCCAAGCCGGUGGCACGCCACAGGAUGGCAAAAGAAACGAUCAAUCGCCCACCACACGCCGCCUGAAUGGUCGCCGUUACAGCGCCGCCAACACCGUGCACAUACCGGCGCGACGUCUCAGCAGCGGCAGCACGUACCGACAGCAGCGACGCGUUAGCAAUCAUAAUAAUAACAACAACAUUGGCAUACAUACCACACGCGCUCAGAGCAACACUGGCAGCGGAAGCGGUAGCAGCACCGGCGGCAGUUGGCUUUUGACGCUGUGCUUUGGCGGCCAAAAGGUACUAAGAGUACCGCCAGCGUCAACCGUACCACCCGAGUCAGUUGUAUUUGAGUUGUCAGAGCAGUAGUUGUACCGCCUUACGCCUUAUGCCCUACCCCAACCACCAUCACCACCAACAACACCUCCCCCACUUGUGUAAUCAUGAAUUGUGCAACCGCAACUAUGAAAUAUUUAGUAGUUAACAUGCAAAUACUUAGUAGCUUUUAAGUAGUUCUUGCUUUAAGCCAAACGCUUUUGCGCCUAAAAUGCUGUGACUAAUGUCAAUUACCCUUUGCAAGCCCUUCACUCCGCUGCUUGCUGACCCAACCUUUACACCACAUCUAUUGUAGCUCAAUAUACAUAUUUAGUCACACAUAAAUGUAGUUCAGCGCCCAGCCCCCGCUACCAACUCAUAACUAUUCAGGCGAAAGCGCACUCAAAUUCGUACUGUUUAGUUUUUGUAAAUUUUGUAUAAAGCACUUAUUCGGCUACACGAAAACGCAAACAGAGAUAUCAACAUAUCCUAAACGCAACAAAAUUUAGGUUUCCAUAAAAAAAUUUAAAAAAACUGUAUAUAAAACAUAUUAGUUAACUAAAGAAAUAUG